AUGCCCUUGAUCACCAGUUAUGGAUUUGGCAUUAUAGUAGCCAGGGCAAAACAAAUCUUGUUUUCACCUGACUCAGAGGGAGUGGUACCCCAUCCUCAGGAGCCUCAGAAUCUGGAUGACUCGUCACCUGCUGGUCGGUUUUUCCUGAUGUAUUGGCCACACCAAUGUGAAGUCAUCAGGGACAGAAUUAAGCACAUUGAUUGGAUACCCACUACCCCUGAGCCAUUGUACACUCCAACAGGUUUGGAGAUGAUGCUGCCAUACCAAACUCCUGACAAAGGCACUGUGAUUUAUCUAAGAGAAGAAGUGAGAGGUCUCUGCCCCUUGAAACAGAUCCUCCACCAGAAAGCGGACAACACACUGAUCUUUGAAACACAGUUUGAGAGUGGGAAUUUGCAGAAGGUGGUCAAAGUCAAUGAAUUUGAGUACCAGCUGACCCUGUGCGCUGACCUCUACACAAGCGGACACAGGCAGUGGUACUACUUCCAAGUAAGCAAUACAUAGGCAGGGAUGCCGUAUCGCUUCACUAUUGCCAACUUUACCAAGCGUAACAGCUUAUAUAAACGUGGCUUGCAGCCACUGUUGUACUCAGAAGCCAAUGCUGAGAAACACAAGGGUGGCUGGCAAAGGACUGGAAAUGAAAUCAAGUAUUACAAAAGCAAUGCGGGCCAAGGUGGACGUCAGUAUUUCUCACUCACUUGGACGUUCCAGUUCCCUCAUGACCGAGACACCUGCUACUCUGCCCACUGCUAUCCUUACACCUACUCCAACCUGCUUGAGUACCUGAUGGCCGUCUUUAAAGACCCAGUGAAGUCCAAAUUCUGCAAGAUUCACAUCUUGUGCCAUUCACUGGUAGGAAACUUAGUGUAUGUUUUAACUAUCACCAACCCCUCUAAAAGUGACAAGGAUACCAAGAGGAAGGCUGUGGUACUAACUGCGAGGGUGCAUCCAGGAGAAACUAACAGUUCCUAGAUAAGGAAGGGCUUUCUGGAUUACGUUCUUGGUGAUUCAGGCAAAGCUCAGCUUCUGCAGGAAAAUUUUGUCUUCAAAGUGGUACCCAUGUUAAAUCCAGAUGGUGUGAUUGUGGGAAAUCACCACUGUUCUUUAACAGGUCAGGACUUGAACCGCAAAUAGAGACCUAACAUGAAGAAAUGCUAUCCUUCCAGCUGGUAUACCCGAAACAUGAUCAAAAGAGUAAAGCCCCAGGUGACAACUUGUAGUGAUAUCCGUGGUCACAACAGGAAACAAAAUGUCUUCAUGUAUGGUUGUGAGAGAAAGCAGCAAGCAAAAGCACCAUACGUGCAUCCAUGAGUCUUCCCGCUCUUGCUGAGCAAGAGCUACCCACAUAAGUUCUCAUUCCCAGACUGCCAUUUCAGAGUACGAAAGAGAAAAGAAGGCACAGGUCGAGCAGUAAUGUGGAAGAUGGACAUCAACAACAGCUACACUUUGGAAGCCUCUCUCUGUGGCUCUAAGUUGGGCUGCAGACAAAGCACCCAUUUCAAUUUGAAAGGCUUGGAGUCAAUAGGACAGCAUUUCUGUGAUGCUCUCUUGAACUACUGUGUUCAUAACAAGGAGGAACACAAGAAAGUAGUGAAACAGCAGGCCAGGGUGAACUCCAAGGUCCUGAAUUCUGAUGUGUUAGGCUGGGAUUCCAGCAGCCAAACUUCUGACAGCCCAGACUCCUGUGAUCUUGUUGCACACCAGCUAAAACUAGGUACUAAGAAAAAAAACCAAACAUCAGGAGAACAUUUUCACAGCAUUGCUAAGGACAGAAGUCAUGAAAGCAAAAAUGUGAUAAAAUUGCCAAUCACAGCCUCUGCCAAACAAGUAAGAGAGGAUUUCAGCUCUGACAGUCUCACCCGUGAUGCUAAAGGCAAUCAUGAAAAGCCAUCUGUGCCACAGGAGACAGGAAAAAGUGUGUGCCGUGAUACGAUCCUAUCCACAAGAGAAAAUUUUCAUUCAUCCAGCUUUAAUCUCGUAUCCCAGAAGAUGAAGAAACACAAUGGCAAAAGUGUCUCCAAGUCUCCAGAGAAUACAUUUCAAUAUUUAAAAGGUCAUGAUAGUAGUGCAAAGAGCAAUUCAAAAAAGUAAGAAAGGAAAAUGAAGGAGAUGUUCCCCUCAAAAAGCACAAAGGCAAGAAACCAGGACAGCAAGCCACUGCAGUUCUGUCUGGCCUUACUGCCUGAAGCAAAGAACAGACAACAUGCUGCAAAAUAUUGGGGUGUAUUUUGGAGCCCCAGUUCUUCAGCCAAUGAAGGCACAUGA